AUGUAUAAUCCCAACAACAACAACAACAACUUCUCUCCGGUGAGAGCCGCUUCUCCUCAGAUUAGACCUUCAGACAUGGACAGUCAGUAUCUUUCGGACUUGCUUGCCGAGUAUCAGAAGCUUGGACCCUUCAUCAAAGUUCUUCCCAACUCCAGUCGUCUCUUGAAUCAAGAAAUUCUAAGAGUUUCUAGAAUCUUGUCCAAUCAAGGUUUUGGCGACUUAGACAGACUGCGGCACAGAAGCCCUAGUCCUAUGGCUUCUUCAAACCUCAUGUCCAACGUCACUGGGACAGGGAUGGGUGGAUGGAAUAGUUUUCAGCAGGAGGGAUUAUGUGGAGCUCCUGGACUGGCAAUGGACUGGCAAGGUGCGCCUGCAAGUCCUAACUCAUACACUGUUAAAAGGAUUUUGCGCUUGGAAAUUCCAGUUGAUACAUACCCCAAUUUCAAUUUUGUUGGAAGACUUUUGGGACCUAGAGGAAAUUCUCUGAAACGGGUAGAAGCUACUACAGGUUGUAGGGUGUUUAUUAGAGGACAGGGAUCCAUAAAGGAUCCAGACAAGGAAGAAAAAUUGAAAGGAAGACCAGGAUAUGAGCAUCUCAACGAGCCACUCCACAUAUUGAUAGAGGCUGAUUUACCUGCUAAUAUUAUUGACAUGAGGCUUAGGCAGGCUCAGGAAAUUAUAGAAGAAUUGCUAAAACCUGUGGAUGAGUCAGAGGACUUCAUCAAGAGGCAGCAGCUGCGGGAAUUGGCAUUGCUGAAUUCAAAUUUUAGAGAAGAGAGUCCUGGGCCAAGCGGAAGUGUAUCUCCGUUUAAUUCUAGUGGAACAAGUGGAAUGAAGCGAGCAAAAACUGGUAGAUGA